AAGAAGAAGAAGAAGAAGAAGCUGUGGUGUUGUCAUGGCAACGGAUCCACCUCCUCUGUGUGGACUGAAGCAAACAUAUAGCAACUAAGAAUUCCAUGUUUAUUCACCUGCCACUAAUCUUUAGGCACUUGUAAAUUGUACAGCUAUCGUCGCAUUCAUGGCCCAUUACAGAGCCUCGGAAUCAAAAAGAGAACAGUUUAGAAGAUACCUUGAAAAAUCUGGAGUUCUUGACACUAUAACAAGAGUUUUAGUGUCACUGUAUGAAGAGACUGACAAACCUGACAAUGCACUGGAUUUCAUAAAGCUUCACCUCGGUGCAGCUGCUUUAGAGCCAGCAGACGCUGAGGCUCUUCGUAUGGAGCUGUCUGACCUACAUCAGAAAUGUAACCUGCUUAUGGAGGAGAACGAAGAACUGAGAAACAGGCUGCUGCAGUACGAACCAUCACCUGAGGAGGGAGCAGCGUAGUAGAAAGGAUUUUUGUCAUCGCUGUCUAGAGUUUAAAAGAAAAAAUUAAACAAUAGCAAUUUUUGAAGAAUAUGUAAAUGUUUAUUAAAUGGAUGUACAG